UUAACUUUUUAUAUAACUGAUUUUAAAAUUAUGAGAUGCAAAAUUUAAUUUAAUAUUAUUGUAAUUUAAUAUGUUUGGAGCCCUAUCAAACAAUAUUUAGCAUAACCAGGAAGCAGUCAAUUUAGCCAUUUGUUCAUCAGGACCAGGCUGCAUUAAAUUAAUCAGGCCUACGACCCAGUCCAAUUAAUUCAUUCCAAACCUAAUGUCCCCACUCCGACCAAAUCAUCCUAAAACUUAAUUGGUUUAACCCUUGAAUUCUCAUCAAAUUCACAGGACAAACCGAUCAGUGUACUGAACACACAUUCAAUAGCAUAAUAAUCCCUAUAGAAUCAUACCAAAACAUUUCCCUUACAAAAUUUUAGUCAAUAAAGUAAAGCCUGCAUUUUGUGGCAACCUAUGAUGUUUCUUGUUGCUAUUUUUCCCAGUACUUCAUUCUUCUCUCCUAAUUUUUGUUCUUCUGAUCUUCCCUAACACCAAAUUCAAGGCCAAAAAAAUUAAUCCAUGGACCGACCCCUCAAGACACGGCUCCCACAACGCUGAUGGCCACGCCAUUGCCGCAUAUACCGCUCCCCAACAAAUUAGCCCUUUGUCUUUCCCCACUAUAUAAUUACCAUAACUACAUUUUAUAAAAUGCCACCAUUUUUCCAUUAAAUUGAAUGGUUACGCACAUUGCAAGAAAAAACAGACCAAGGUUGUGGUUGCGGUAAUUAAGGAACAUGGCCGCAGGAGCUGCUGAUGGACUUUUCCGGUCGAUAUACGAAGGGUGCAUCUCCGGCUGUGACAAAGGCAUCGAGCGCCGGCCAUACCACCGGAACUGCCGCUGUGCCCUACAUGACAAGUCACGCGGGAAUUGUCCCCAUGCAUUCCCUAAAAGCAAGAACGUGUCUUAUCCUAUAAGGAGAGCCUGGAGUGAGGGAUGCUUGGCUAUGGCAGCAGCUUCUUGUCAUUCUUCUCCGUCUUCGUCACCAGCUUUGGCCGGGGUUCAUGAGGCUGGGAAGCAGCAACUGGAAUCAUAUAAAGAAUAGGAGGAAGACAAUCAGCUGGCCAUAACGGCUAUGGUGUGAAAAUGAAUAUGAAAGGGAAUCAAUAAAUUUUGGCUCCUUUGUGAUGUUGGCAUCAUGGUUUUGUUCUGGUUUUAGAAUAAUUGCAGAUCAUAGGGUGAUGAGCUCGAGGUAAAACGUCAAAAGAAAAAUCAAAACGGAAGUGUAGCUGGGCUGUCCUGGGCAGUGGGCACGUGGGUGAGUGAGUGGUUCAAUACGGAAUUAAAAACAAAGGCAAAUGACCCACUAAUUGAAAAUUUGUUUUCUAUUUUUGUUUCUUACUAAAAUAUGGGCAGCAUGUAGUUUGCUGUUAUGAUUUUAGAGAGG